AGUAUUAACCUCUUAAAGAAUUGCAGUUAAGGAUUUUGGUAUUUGGGAGGAGGAGGAGGACUAUGAAGUGUUUCCCAUUCUAUAGUUGGGACACAACCGAUGGACCAAAGUCUAAAUCUGUUCUGUCAUCAUCGACCUUGGCCUCCACUUUGACUGAUCGAGAUGAAGUUAACUCUCAAAACACCAACGAGAGGAAAUUCAGUGAUGCAUUUAACUCUCAGAAUAUCUCGGAUAUAAGUAGUGGAAUGCCUGGCAGACUCUCGUUCUCAUGUUUGUCUCAGAGAUCGAAGAUUCUUAGAGUGUUUUCACAUGAGGAGUUAAAGUUGUCAACUAAAAGCUUUAGUCGAUCACUUAUGAUUGGAGAAGGAGGAUUUGGUCCAGUUCAUAAGGGUUCAAUUUUGGAUAUAGAUGAUUCAAAUAAAAGGAUUGAUGUUGCUGUUAAACAACUCAGCCAAAGAGGUUUGCAGGGUCAUAAAGAAUGGGUGACAGAAGUGAAUCUCCUAGGUAUUGUUGAACACCAAAAUCUUGUUAAACUUAUUGGCUAUUGUUUUGAGGACAACGAAAGAGGGAUUGAACGGCUUCUAGUAUACGAAUAUAUGCCCAACAGAAGUGUUCAAGAUCAUCUAUCGUCUCGAUUUUCCCUUAAUCCAAUUCCAUGGAUUAUUAGACUUAGAAUAGCUCAAGAUGCUGCUCGUGGAUUGGCAUAUCUCCAUGAAGGAAUGGAUUUUCAGAUUAUCUUCAGAGAUUUUAAAUCUUCAAAUAUUUUAUUGGACGAACAAUGGCAUGCAAAACUUUCAGACUUCGGAUUGGCUCGGUUAGGUCCUGCCAAUGGAGCAGGCCAUGUCUCAACAGCGGUUGUUGGAACCAUUGGAUAUGCAGCACCUGAAUACAUUCAAACGGGGCACCUAACAUCAAAGAGUGAUGUAUGGAGCUAUGGCGUUUUCCUAUACGAACUCAUCACAGGCAGGCGUCCUCUAGACAGAAGCAAGCCAAAACAAGAACAAAACAUGUUGGACUGGGUGAGAUCACACCUCUCAGCUGACAUGAAAAGGUUUGAAAAGAUUUUGGAUCCACGGCUUGAAGGUAGAUACUCUCUUAAGUCAGCACAAAGAUUAGCAGCUAUAGCCAACAAGUGUUUGGCACGACAAGCCAAAAAACGUCCCACAAUGACUGAUGUGCUGGUGAUGAUUAACCAGUUGCUGGUAGAAGAAGAAGAAGAAACAGAAACAAUAGAAAUGCCUGAAACUCCUUUAGAGGAAAUCAUCGUAGUUUCAGAAGGGGCAAGAGAGGUGAUAAACCGAGGUUUGUUAAGGCUUAUGUUUUGUGGAUCUUCUUAUACAUCGAGAAAACAGAUUGCUGGCGUGGCUAAUCUAGAUGAAUGAACUUUGUAAGAAGUGGUGAGUGUUUGUGCUCUGCUUGUGCUGCUCAUAUGAAGAACAUACUACUUAUUUGUAUCCAUAUUUUUGGCUCUUAUUUAAUGAUGGCAUUGUUGCUUGUUAAGGUUAUAGAAUCUUAAUUUAGUGUAUUAAAUAUAUCAUCAUCUUACUUUCUAAUGAUAGCUGGAAAGUCUUUGAUUGUA